UUGUCCCCCACCGUCACCUCACCCCUCUUCCCCAUUCCAGAUACGGCUAGACGGCGUUGGGUUCUUCUCCACCGGACUCGUCUUCUGAAAGCAGCGAAGACCAGCCUCCUCCAGCGGUCCUCGGUCCUCUCUCUCUGGCGUUUCUGCUUCCAAUCGAUCAACCUAACGCCCUGAUAGAAGAAAAGAUCGCCGAGGAUGACCGCAUCGGCAUCGGCUUCGUCGAGCAGGCCGAGGUACGCCCCGGAGGACCCGACGCUUCCCAAACCCUGGAAGGCCUUGGUGGAUGGGAGCACGGGGUAUCUCUACUACUGGAACCCGGAGACCAACGUCACCCAGUACGAGCGGCCCGUCACCGAGCUCCCGCCUCCCCCGCCUCUGCUGCCUCCUCCCCCUCCUCAUCCUCCUCCGAAAUCUGCUUCCGUGGCCGUCAGCUCUUCCGUCCUUCACAACCAGCGGGAGCGGGACUCUCAUGACGAUGAUGGCCGCCAUGGCCGCUCACGCAGCAGCCAUCAGCAUGGAAGUGCGAGAGGUAGCAGCAGUCAACAUCAUGGGCAUGAUGCAAGGGAUUCAUGGAAUUCGAGGACGGCAUCUGCCAGAGUUCAUGGAUCAUCUUCGGAUGGGGGAGGUGCUUUGUCUGCAGAAGCAUAUCGCCGUCAACAUGAAAUAAUCGUCACUGUAUGUACUGAAUGACAUCUUGAUCAUGACUGAAAUCACUUCCUGUUUGUUGAAAA